AUGGUUGAGAAUAAUGGAGUGGCAGAGAGGACAGAGAAGGCAGUGAAUAGAAUGGAUUUUAAUGGGUGGAGUAAAUGGGUGGAUUUGCUUGAGUUGGAUUGUCGGCGAGGGGAAAUUGAAGUUUCACAGAACCUUUUCAGCUUGCUGUUUUUGGACAGUGAAAUCACAAAAUUGCCCAUGGUGGUGAUGAAUGGUUAUGAUGAAGUGACUAGAGCUCAACGCCUUCACCACUCGUUUGAGUCAGCGACAGUGAAAUUGGGUGUCUUUUGCUUGUAUUUUCGCGCUCGUAUUCGAUCAAGAUCCAACGGUGUGUGUCAAGAUCCAG